AUGGACUACACCUGCGAAGAUAGCCUCUACAAUGGCUCCGAUGGCGCAGCCAUUUUUGGCCGAAGCACUUCUCGCUGGCGAACGAUUCUCUCCAAGGCCAAGGCCGCCAACACAAUUCCAAGCUCGAGUCUGGAUUUAACACAGUGUCUUGAUCGCAUCCCUUGUUUGCCUGAGAAGAUCCCGAGCGACGUGAGGCUUUUGAAGGGCUUCUCUACAUGGUCCGAUUUAAGUUCCACCUGCUCAGUCAAGGAUAGGAAGGAGAGAGAGCAAAGGCUGUUUCUUACAAAGCCUCACCCCACCGUCUGCUCGAUAUCGGAUUCUUCAAACUUUCGUGUCUGGGAGGGGAAGAAGAACAACGGUAUCGCAUUGUUGACGCUGGGUUGGGCGUAUACCAUGGGUGCCAGUCUGGCGGAAAGACAGGAUCUGUCAAUGGAAUAUCUACCUCUGCCCGAAACAUCCACACAACUUGCCUCUACUGGACUUAACCUCGAGUACGCUUCGCCGGACGAGCAGAGAUGGUGGAAGGCCAUCACAACAUCUGGACGAGGAUGGACCGUGUCAGGGUCAAAACUAUCACCCUGGGCAACCGUGGUUCAGGAUUUGGAUGUCAGUAUUGCAGGUGAUCCCGAAAGCAAUCAGCGUCCACCAACAGCCCGGGAAGCAGCUCACUAUCUAUCGCGGUUUUGCGAGGCUUAUGAUCUGGGCUCUCAGUGCUCAGCUGCACUUGCUGCAGCUCUGACAAUCCCACUCCAUGCCAGUAUCAACUGUUUCAAGCCGGUCAAAAUCCAGUUGCCGAAACCUUCAUUCACCACUUAUUACGGACUUACAGGGUCUCUGCAGCAUCUUCCGGCUGAGUUUGACCUAAUCGGCUACUACAUGACCUUGAGCAUAUGUCCGUGGGUCUUGGGCCCGUCUCUUUGGAGCGUUUUUUGGAGUCCAGACGUUCCAUGCAACCGUGCUGGAGCCUGGAUGCAGCCCAUCUCUGAUAUGUUGGAGCCUAUCAUCCAAAACAACGACAUGGAGUUACUCGCAAGGGUCAUGUCGUUCAGUCCAAUGUCACCGCUAUGGCUUGGACUCGCCAUCUGUGGCCGUAGGGCAAUCAUCGGCUGCAUUCUACCAUCCUUGACCAAGCUACACAGCUAUCCCUUUUCCCACCCAUUUAUCGACGCUGCGGUAUGGACUGGCAUGGCCCAAUCCUUCUUGGACUUUGGGUUAUCAGGCCCUUCUGCCGACGGCAUGGUUUCAAGGGCAGACGUAUGGCGUAUGCGACACGACUUUUCCCACCUCUACCCCCACGAGGCCUUUUCCCACACUCCCCCCUAUGGAUGGCCGCCUUUUGGAAGUAUGCGGCCUGAAGAUAUAGAGCUUGAGAUCCGUGACCAUCUGGCUUGCUCGCACCAAUGGAAAUACUCUCAUUGGACUUGGUCGGAUAGCGGCGAGACUGACACUGGCCUUUUCUCGAGGGGUAUGCGAGUCCAUCACUCGGACCAAGACUUCGCAACUGCUGAGGGAGAGGGUGACUUGGAGAUCAGAGACGUUGGAGCAGCGCUGGAAAUCUCCCGCACGGCCACCGAGGCUACUUUCUAG